ACCUUUACUGAACUCUCGCGAUACUACGAGGCGGAAGACAUCAGCCGAAUCCUCCGUACUAGUUAACUGGAGCCGCUUACGCCGUGCUGCGACCCACGACAGUGAAGUGCCUGUUUUAAUAGUAAACAAGUGAUAGGAAAUCGUUACUUAUUUGUCUUCGGUUAGGUGUGCCCCUCCGGCUGAGGAAUAGGUGUGUUUGCAUGUUGUGUAGUUUACUGUGUUUACGUCAAGACUUCCAGCUGGCUAAUCGCGUCGGAUCGCCCCGGAGGGUCAUCGUCAGCGACGACACCCUCUGCUACACCGCAACUGUUUAGAGAAAAAUGACCGGAGAGAAGAUCCGCUCCCUGCGGAAGGACCACAGGCCGAGCAAGGACGAGGAUUUACUGGAGCCGGACGAGGAGGCUGCGACCGGGACGUUCAGCGCCUCCAAGACGAACAACAAGAGCAGAGCGAGUAAGAUCUUCAGCAACCACAAGUUAAUCAAGUCUUCAUCCACUCAGAACCAGCAGUCACAGAUUAAUGCAAACACCAACACCACGCUGUCAACACCGGAUGUGAUCGAUGACAACAACAAGAACCCCAUCAUCCCAACCGGGCAGGACUUCCCGGUGCACGAGUGCGUGUUCAAAGGAGAUGUCCGACGACUGUCCUCCCUCAUACGGACGCAGAAUAUCGCCCAGAAAGAUGUGCAUGGAAACACACCAUUGCAUCUCGCCGUCAUGAUGGGGCACAAAGAGUGUGCCCACCUGCUGCUGGCCCACAAUGCACCAGUGAAGGUGAAAAACGCUCAAGGUUGGAGCCCCCUUGCUGAGGCCAUCAGCUACGGAGAUCGACAAAUGAUCACAGCGCUUCUGAGGAAGCUGAAGCAACAGUCCAGGGAGACUGUGGAGGACAAGAGACCCAAGCUGCUGAAAGCCCUAAAAGAACUUGGAGACUUUUACUUGGAGCUUCACUGGGAUUUCCAAAGCUGGGUGCCUUUGCUCUCCAGAAUCCUACCUUCAGAUGCCUGUAAGAUCUACAAGCAGGGCCUCAACAUCAGAUUGGACACUACCCUGAUAGACUUCACAGACAUGAAGUGUCAACGCGGGGACCUCAGUUUCAUCUUCAAUGGCAAUGCCAUCCCCUCCGAGUCUUUUGUUGUGCUGGACAACGAACAGAAAGUCUACCAGCGGAUACACCAUGAGGAGUCGGAGAUGGAGACAGAGGAGGAAGUGGACAUACUGAUGAGCAGCGACGUUUACUCCGCAACUCUCUCCACCAAGUCCAUCACCUUCUCCAGGGCGCAGACCGGCUGGCUGUUCAGAGAGGACAAGACGGAGCGCGUGGGAAACUUUCUGGCAGACUUUUACUCUGUGAACGGCCUGGUGCUCGAGUCCAGGAAGAGACGGGAGCAUCUGAGCGAGGAGGACAUCUUGAGGAACAAAGCCAUCAUGGAGAGCCUGAGCAAAGGAGGGAAUCUCAUAGAGCAGAACUUUGAGCCGGCGAGGAGGCAAUCUUUAACUGCUCCUUCACCCAACACUAUAUCCUGGGAAGAAUACAUCACUGCUGACAAUGGAAGAGCUCCCCAUCUAGGAAGAGAGCUGGUCUGCAAAGAGAGCAAGAAAAACUUCAAAGCCACGAUAGCCAUGAGUCAAGACUUCCCUCUGGGCAUCGAAUCGUUAUUGAAUGUUCUGGAGGUGAUUGCACCCUUCAAGCACUUUAAUAAACUCAGGGAGUUUGUUCAGAUGAAGCUUCCUCCUGGCUUUCCUGUCAAACUGGACAUCCCUGUCUUUCCUACGAUCACAGCCACUGUGACAUUUCAGGAGUUUCGCUAUGAUGAGUUUGAUCAGUCCAUUUUUACCAUUCCCAACGACUAUAAAGAAGACCCUAGCCGCUUCCCUGACCUUUAACCUCUGCAGCUGGAACAGGAAACAAACAUGCAACAAGGGAACAUUAUGCUAGAAAACAUACUUUUCCAGUUAAAAAAAAAGAAAAAUGGAAGAAAAAUAAAUAGCGAUAAUUGUUCCUUGACAGUUUAUGGAUUUCUAUCGCCCAUCCCAACCCUGAACACAAACAGCAACAAGACAACCAGAGUUUGACGUACAGGACUAAUAUGGUGUCAUCAGAGCUGAUGGAGGCCCACUGUGGCAGAGAGAUCGACAUCUCCUGAUAGUAACAAGGCGUUUUGAAACUCAGUGUUGCAGGUUUAUCCUCUCACCUUCAGAUUCGGUUUAAUCCAGCAGCCGAGGCAGGCAAUGCCACAAAUUUUGGAGCUGAGGGUCUGAAAGUGUCAUCAGUGAGAGGGCAUUGAAGUUGAAUUUAGUGACAGAAGAGCAGGUGAGCUUUUUUGUAUAUGGGGUAUAAGCAGAAGACAGACAAUCGUUUGAUUCUAUGUAUUUAAGUAUGUAAGUAAUGUUUAUAAAGGGAAUGUGUUUAACUGACCUGUAGUAAAGCACUGUGUGACACGUGGGAGAGGAAUUCAACCAAAAAUAGUUUUUUAGGUCUUUUUUUUCUCUGCUAAAGUAGACUUUUAAAAGUGUAUGAUAAUAAAUCUGAAGUCAAUUGGACAUAAACUUGUAUGUGAUUUAAUGCCCACCUGUUAAGACGGGUGUGUAGGAGUAUAAAAUCACUACUUUGUUUACACUCAAUUCUUUAACAAUGUCACAGUUAGAAAUAUUCCCAAAGAUGUAAUGCCACUUGAAAUUCACAACACUGAAAAUCUUUGAAAAUGUUCAGUGAAGUCGUGUCUUUUGUAGGCUAAAAGCCCUAGAAAACAGUUUUUGCCGAAUUCCUUAAAUUGUAUGUGAAUGAGUGUGCGUGUGUGUAACAUUGAUUUUAAUGGGCAUGGAGUUGCAUCACUGAACUGUUGGGCACUAAUAAGAUACAUGAAAGCCACUCUACAUUCAGUUGAGUUCAUAAACACUCAUUUUGUGAUACACCUUUUAAUCCUGCUUUUGAAAUAUUAUAGUUUAAUUGAGGCAACGCUAGAAAUGCUGCAAUUUUUAUGGUACCACAAAGUCUUCUCUUAGUUUGUUGGCAUGACAUCACGUGUAAGUACUAAUGUCUAAGCCUUUUGUUUCUUACUACACCUUUUAAAAUGUGUACAAUCGUGCUUAAAUAAGUUAACUAUGGAUUGUAUAGUGGGUACAUAAUAGGGAAUGAAUGAGUGACUAAAACAUUCAUGCCGUUUUUACACCAUAACAAGAACCAGGCUUUUCAUUGCACAGUAUGUAAAUACAUGUUUUAUGAACUUUUGUCUUUUAUGUUCUCUUUUCUUAUUCUUUGUGUUGGUGAUUUUAAGACGUCCUCUGCAACAGGAAAAUUUGUGGAUUUCUUUUUUUUUAUGCAGCAUUACAAUUUAAUUCAGAGUUUGUUGAUUUGUGACGUGGUGGCAGUUGCUAUUUUUGUACAUACUUGUAAUGUUUUAAAGACAAAAUGAAUCUCUUAA